AUGGAUGAGGAAGAGCAGAACCGCUAUGUGGCCCAGCUGAAGGAGGAGUUUGACAGCUGUGACACCACAGGCACUGGUUACCUGGACAAGGAAGAGUUGUCAGCCCUUUGCCACAAGCUAUCCCUGGAUGCUCACCUUCCCCUACUGUUGGACACCUUGCUAGGACCACACCACUAUGCUCGGGUAUGAGACCAGACCACCUUAGUAACUUCUCUCUCUGUUGUGGAUUUACCUUAAAUUCCCCUUACUUUAAAACAUGUAAAGCUCUGACAUGUUGUAGUAAAUGAGUAGUAGUUGUGUAAUAGCUGUGUUAUGACACUUUCCUACCUUUUUUAUUCACAGUAGUCAAAUCAAAUUGUAUUGUAUUGUAUUCAAAUUCACACACACACAAGACACCCCCGCUAUUUACUGGUUGCUAAAAUUCUAAUAAAUGAAAUCAUCUUAACCAACAAUGCAAUUCAAGAAAUAGAGUUAAGAAAAUAUUUACUAAAUAAACUAAAGUAAAACAUUUAAUAAAAAGUAACACAAUAACAAUAACGAGGCUAUAUACGGGGGUACCGGUACCGAGUCAAUGUGCAGGGGUAAAGGUUAGUCGAGGUAAUUUAUACAUGUAGGUAGUGGUAAAGUGACUAUGCAUAGAUAAUAAAAAGUGAGUAGUAGCAGUGUAAAAACAAAACAAAGGGGGGGGGGGGGGUCAAUGUAAAUAGUUCAUGUGGCCAUUUGAUUAAUUGUUCAGCAGUCUUAUGGCUUGGGGUAGAAGCUGUUAAGGAGCCUUUUGGACCUAGACUUGGUGCUCCGAUACCACUUGCCAUGCGGUAGCAGAGAGAGCGGUCUAUGACUUGGGUGACUGGAGUCUUUGACAAUUUUUUGGGCUUUCCUCUGAUACCGCCUAGUAUAGAGGUCCUGGAUGGCAGGAAGCUUGGCCCCAGUGAUGUACUGGGCUGUACGCACUACCCUCUGUAGCGCCUUACGGUCGGAUGCCGAGCAGUUGCCAUACCAGGCGGUGAUGCAACCGGUCAGGAUGCUCUCAUUGGUGCAGCUGAUAACUUUUUGAGGAUCUGGGGACCCAUGCCAAAUCUUUUCAGUCUCCUGAUGGGGAAAAGGCGUUGUCGUGCCCUCUUCACAACUUUCUUGGUGUGUUUGGACCAUGAUAGUUUGUUGUUGAUGUGGACACCAAGGAACUUGAAACACUCAACCCACUCCACUACAGCCCGUCGAUGUGAAUGGUAGCGUGUUCAGCACUCCUUUUACUGUAGUCCACGAUCAUCUCCUUCGUCUUGCUCACGUUGAGGGAGAGGUUGUUGUCCUGGCACCACACUGCCAGGUCUCUGACCUCCUCCCUAUAGGCUGUCACAUCGUUGUCGGUGAUCAGGCCUACCACCGUUGUGUCGUCAGCAUAUUAAUGAUGGUGUUGGAGUCAUGCUUGGCCACGCAGUCGUGGGUGAACAGGGAGUACAGGAGGGGACUAAGCACGCACCCCUGAGAGCCCCCCGUGUUGAGGAUCAGCGUGGCAGAUGUGUUGUUGCCUAUCCUUACCACCUGGGGGCGGCCCGUCAGGAAGUCCAGGAUCCAGUUGCAGAGGGAGGUGUUUAGUCCCAGGGUCCUUAGCUUAGUGAUGAGCUUUGUGGGCACUAUGGUGUUGAACGCUGAGCUGUAGUCAAUGAACAGCAUUCUCACAUAGGUGUUCCUUUUGUCCAGGUGGGAAAGGGCAGUGUGGAGAUUGCGUCAUCUGUGGAUCUUUUGGGGCGGUAUGCGAAUUGGUGUGGGUUUAUGGUUUCCGGGAUUAUAGUUUUGAUAUGAGCCAUGACCAGCCUUUCAAAGCACUUUAUGGCUACCAACGUGAGUGCUACGGGGCGGUAGUCAUUUAGGCAGGUUACCUUCGCUUUCUUGGGCACAAGGACUAUGGUGGUCUGCUUGAAACAUGUAGAUAUUACAGACUCGGUCAGGGAGAGGUUGAAAAUGUCAGUGAAGACACUUGCCAGUUGGUCAACGCAUGCUCUGAGUACAUGUCCUGGUAAUCCGUCUGGCCCCACGGUGAAUGUUGACCUGUUUAAAGGUCUUGCUCACAUGGGCUACAGAAAGCAUGAUCACACAGUCGUCCGUAACAGCUGGUGCUCUCAUGCAUGCUUCAGUGUUGCUUGCCUUGAAGCAAGCAUAAAAGGCAUUUAGCCCGUCUGGUAGGCUCGUGUCACUGGGCAGCUCGCAGCUGGGUUACCCUUUGUAUUCAUGUCUCACAAUGGUGAAAUUGUUAAAAGGUUUACAAAACUAUUCUAAUAAAUGCACUAGUUGGACAAUGGAUGAAGAUACUCCAAACGUAUUGCAUUUUUAAAAUCAAUCAGAUAUUGACUGAAUUAUAGCACAUAAAACAAAUAAUGAAUGGAGUUCAGGUAUUUUGGUGGGAAUUCAGGUAUUCAAUUUACUGUAAAAUUUCACUUUUCUUAUAAUGCACUCAUAGUGCCUUCGAAAAGUAUUCAGACCCCUUCACUUUUUCCACAUUUUGUUACGUUACAGCCAUAUUCUAAAAUGGAUUUAAGCAAUUGUUUUACUCAUCAAUCAACACACAAUACCCCAUAAUGACAAAGCGAAAACAGGUUUUUAGACAUUUUUGCAAAUGUAUUAGAAAUACAAAACAGAAAUACCUUAUUUACAUACCUUUGCUAUGAGACUCGAAGUUGAGCUCAGGUGCAUCAUGUUUCCAUUGAUCAUCCUUGAGAUGUUUUUACAACUUGACUGGAGUCCACCUGUGGUAAAUUCAAUUGAUUUGACAUGAUUUGGAAAUGCACACACCUGUCUAUACGGUCCCACAGUUGACAGUGCGUGUCAGAGCAAAAAGUAAUCUAUGAGGUCAAAGGAAUUGUCCGUAAAGCUCCGAGACAGGAUUGUGUCGAGGCACAGAUCUGGGGAAGGGUACCAAAAAAUUUCUGCAGCAUUGAAGGUCCCCAAGAACACCGUGGCCUCCAUCAUUCUUGAAUGGAAGAAGUUUGGAAUCACCAAGGCUCUUUCUAGAGCUGGCCGCCCGGCCAAACUGAGCAAUUGGGGGAGAAGGGCUUUGGUCAGGGAGGUGACCAAGAGCCCGAUGGUCUCUCUGACAGAGCUCCAGAGUUCCUCUGUGGAGAUGGGAGAACCUUCCAGAAGGACAACUCUCUCUGCAGCACUCCACCAAUCAGACCUUUAUGGUAGAAUGGCCAGAUGGAAGCCACUCCUCAGUAAAAGGCACAUGACAGCCUGCUUGGAGUUAGCCAAAAGGCACCUAAAGGUCUCUCAAACCAUGAGAAACAAGAUUCUCUGGUCUGAUGAAACCAAUAUGUUUUUUCCCCCUCAUCAAUCUACACACUAUCCCAUAAUGACAAAGCAAAAACUGGUUUUUAGACAUUUGCUGCACAGCUAUUUUCAGGUCUCUCCAGAGAUGUUCGAUCAGGUUCAAGUCCGGGCUCUGGCUGGGCCACUCAAGGACAUUCAGAGACUUGUCCCGAAGCCACUCCUGCGUUGUCUUGGCUGUGUGCUUAGGGUCGCUGUCCUGUUGGAAGGUGAACCUUUGCCCCAGUCUGAGGCCCUAAGCGCUCUGGAGCAGGUUUUCAUCAAGGAUCUCUCUGUACUUUGCUCCAUUCAUCUUUCCCUUUGAUCCUGACUAGUCUCCCAGUCCCUGCCACUGAAAAACAUCCCCACAGCAUGAUGCUGCCACCACCAUGCUUCACCAUAGGGAUGGUGCCAGGUUUCCUCCAGAUGUGACGCUUGGCAUUCAGGCCAAAGAGUUCAAUCUUGGUUUCAUCAGACCAGAGAAUCUUGUUUCUCAUGGUCUGAGAGUCUUUAGGUGCCUUUUGGCAAACUCCAAGCGGGCUGUCAUGUGCUUUACUGAGGAGUGGCUUCCGUCUGGCCAAUCUACCAUAAAGGUCUGAUUAGUGGAGUGCUGCAGAGAUGGUUGUCCUUCUGGAAGGUUCUCCCAUCUCCACAGAGGACCUCUAGAAGUCUGUCAGAGUGACCUAUUUGGUUCUUGGUCACCUCCCUGACCAAGGCCCUUCUACCCCGAUUGCUCAGUUUGGCCGGGCGGCCAGCUCUAGGAAAAGUAUUUGGAACCACAAACUUCUUCCAUUUGUUAAUGAUGGAGGCCACUGUAUUCCUGGGGACCUUCAAUGCUGCAGAAAUGUUUUGGUACCCUUCCCCAGAUCUCUGCCUCGACACAAUCCCGGCUCGAAGCCCUACGGACAAUUCCUUUGACCUCAUGGCUUGGUUUUUGCUCUGACAUGCACUGUCAACUGUGGGACCUUAUAUAGACAGGUGUGUGCCUUUCCAAAUCAUGUCCAAUCAAUUGAAUUUACCACAGGUGGACUCCAGUCAAGUUGUAGAAACAUGUCACGGAUGAUCAAUGGAAACAGGAUGCACCUGAGCUCAAUUUCGAGUCUCAUAGCAAAGGGUCUGAAUACUUAGGUAAAUAAGGUAUUUAUGUUUUUUAUUUGUAAUACAUUUGCUAAAAUAAAAAUAAAUACAUUUUUGUUUUGUCAUUAUGGGGUACUGUGCGUAGAUUGAUUUUCAUUUAUUUAAUCAAUUUUAGAAUAAGGCUGUAACUUAACAAAGUGGAAAAGUCAAGGGGUCUGAAUACUUUCCAAUGUGCUAUAUUGUUUGCGAGAUCAGACAUAAUAUCACUAUAAUCAGUGUUCAAUUUCGGAAGUUUCUCUUGUAAACAUUUCAAAUGAGGCCUCCUGUAGCUCAGUUGGUAGAGCAUGGCACUUGCAACACCAGGGUUGUGGGUUCGUUUCCCACGGGGGGCCAGUAAGUCGCUCUGGAUAAGAGCGUCUGCUAAAUGACAAAAAUGUCAAAUGUAUUUUUAAAUUGCACAAAAAAUGAACACAGACAAAAAUAAAGUUAUUUAUUCUCUUUCUUGUGAUGUAAUCACUGACAAAGCGUUCUAAUAGAUGCAACGUUAAUCCAAUGUAUUCCAUUGAGCCCGUUUCAGCCAUAACCAGAGUGUUUGACAGGUCAUUACAAACAUUUUCCGCGGUUUUUGUUAACGGGGAAAACGAAUGGAACAAGCAAGAGCCGCCAGAGUAAAAUGAAAGCAAUCAAUCCUGCGAGAUUGAAGUGACCAGUGGAUUAUGCCCCUCAAACACAGGAAAUAGAUGGAUAAAAGGGACAGAACAUCAGGUGGGCGGGGCAUGUGCUAAUAGUGUACACAAUUAAUUCACUUUCCCUUUUUGUUAUGCAGGUGAAUUUUGAGGAGUUCAAAGAAGGCUUUGUAGCUGUGCUAUCACGCUCUCUGGACUUCAGCACCUCUGAAGAGGAGAGCAGCUACCUGGAGCCAGGUAAAACACGCAUGCUGGGGAGGUGGGGCUUUACGUCUGGCUUUCAUUGAUUACAUGUCUGUGCAAACAGAUUUGAUUGUUUAUGUACCCAAGCAGUUCAGAUUGCUGUUUUUCCAUGUCUACUGGCCCCAUGUGGUGAAUAAGAUGGGUUUAUUCAUAAGAUUCAAGGUGCGAAUUACGGGGGAGCCAGGGGGGGCUCAGCUCCCCUUAAUGAGAGGUUAGCUCCCCUAAAUGCAACAAAAGUCUAUCUUUGGAGCGUCUCUAAAUAAUGCAAAUGUAACUAUCGUAAUAUAUUUACCACUACAUUUUAAACAACUCAAUAUUAGGGGAUGGUGUUCCUUAAUUUGGUAUACUCAGUGUAUUUAGCUUUAGUAUUUUCUAUCAAUAUUUGUUUUCUUUCCUGGAUCAGCUGAUGAUGGCUGACAAUAUCACUAGACAACUAGCCUACAGCUAGACACCAAUGUUCAUCCAAUCCAUCUAACAAGUGGUGUCUCUCUUGUCGUGAUGUGUGUUUUGUCAGAAAAAUGCAUUGAAAGUAUAGGGAGCGAUACUUUUUCGUUACCAUGACUGGCAAUCAGAGUUUACCCACCUAUUUUACCACUACAUCACUGGCUACCAGAAUGCCUAUUUGAAGUUCAUGGUAAUAGACAUUGUAGCCUAGUCUAGUAUGUUGACCGCGUGUGUGUGACCAUUCCGUUUUUUCCCGGGACAGUUUCAGCCCCAUUUCAGGUGUCCCAGCUUUUCAGGCUACAAAAAAAUUACAAUUUGUCAGCAAGACGUGUCAAUUAAUGUAGGCCUAAUCAAUGGCAAUCGCUGAAUGUCAUUAGGCCCACUUUUUUGUGUGUGUUUUGUAACUGUCUAUUUCCAUUCAUCAAAUGGCGCGAGUAUAGGCUACAUGCAGUUUGGAUGCUGGAAUUAUUUUGGAGUGGACGAACAUGCACAGGUAGCCAGCCUACUGUUUGAAGUGAUUUGUUUGACAAUCAGAUGAAAAUAUCAUGAGUGGUUGUGUUCAUACCAAAUGAAAAGGUAAUUAAUUUUUUCCAUUUUAAAUGACAUCUUUAUUAUUAGGCCCAUAAAAUUAAAUUGUGCACGCAAGCGUGUGCACUCAAUAGAGACCACCCCGAAUGUCAUGGUGUAAUUUGCACUCUGAUAAGAUUGAUCGUUUUAAGUAAACAUUGUAUCCUUGUGGGUAAACGUCUGCUUUUAUUUAAGAUAACGACAAUCCUUGGGGCCAUUUCACAUUUUCAAAACGCGCUGAUGCUGGAGCCAUUGUAGUCUGCCUUAGUUAGUAUGACCUCAUCAAAAGCAAUCUAAAUCAUUAUUUAGACUCGUGGUAAUUCAUUUUGUAUAUUCUGGUUGUUUGUUGCCCAGGGUGGAUUGACUGUGAGAUCACCUGAAUGAGGACUUCUACAGUAAAUUAUGACAAUACUAAUAGAGGCAUCAAAGGGAUAGGCUAUAUUUAGUAUCUUCCCUCCCUAAGGAAAUGCAGUUGAUCCAGUUAAUAAUCUCUGUCCUGAUUAGCCCCAGGAUGGAUUUGAUUCUGAAACAAAUACAGAUUAAAAUAUAUAACACUUUCUGUACAUUUAACAAAUCCAAACUCAGUUAAGAUAUCAUUUAUUGUACAGCCAUUCAUUUUAUAUGAUUUCUGAACUUGAUUUGACUACACAUUGGUAUGUGUUCUUGUAUUUUGAAAUGUGUUUCUUGAGUUUAGGGGAUUGCAGUAGGAGGAUCUAGGAGGGCACCAGAGUUCCCUCCUCAUUCCCAGAAUGUUACAGUAUGAUAAAGUUUAUUGGCAAGUUAGUUUAUGGGAACUGAUGACCACUGUCCUUUUGAAAUGCCCUUUUUUAACUAUGCCUCCACUAUAGUUUCUCCCGUGUUACUUUGUAACUAAACAUUUACAAGCUUUUGUGAGAAUAUGUUUAUAUUAGUAAUUGUGGGCAGACAAAAUGCCCAGCUGGUCUAAAAUGUUUUUUCUUUAGUACUGAUACAGUUGAUACAAGAAGUGAUACUACUUUAAUUGAUACAGUUACAUAUCGCGAUAUUAUCUUUGGAAGAUAUUAUAUCUGGAAAAUAUUAAAUAGAUACUUUGACUCCAAGUAUCGAUUUUGUAAAAAAUUAUAUAUACUUUUUUUUUGCUAGGUAGCGUUAGCUAGCGCUAGUUGGCUGUUUCAUUUAGUUUAUUAGGAUCUCCAUUAGCUACUGCACAUGCAGCAGCUACUCUUCCUGGCGUCCACAUAAAACAUUCAAAUAGUACAGAACCGUUAUAGACAAGGACAUAAAAAGAAUAGAUGGAUAGAUAUCAUUAAAAAAUGUAUGUCUUAGAAAGACACCAGGAGACAUACUAUUUACACACUUUUUAUACAUAUUCAUAUUCUUAUAUACAGUUAAAUUAGAUCUUUAGAAAGAGGCGCUGUGAUACAAUAUGUUUUUUUAAUGUUCUUUUUAAAGCUAAACUUGUUUUUUGCCUGAGUAACCUCUUGUGGCAGAGCAUUCCACGAUGACAUGGCUCUUUAUACAUAACUGAUCGACGCAUUAAAUCUGUUUUUGGUUUGGGUACAGUGAAGAAACCCAUAGUGGCGUGUCUGGUGGGGUAUGUCUGUUUUGAAGUGUAUACAAAUAGAUUAUACAAGUGGUUAGGCAUUUUCAACACACAAAUGUUUAGUUAGGCUGUACCUGCUCCAAAACUCCGGUAUUUUUCAUCCUAUAGCUUGUUCUCCAUCUUCUUUUUAAAUAGUGAGCCAACAUGUUUUUCAGCACUUUUAUUUCCAUGACUGAUCAAAAUACAUUUUCUCAUGCUCUCUCUUGUCUCUCUGCAGCAGACAUCUAGUGAGCAAUAUGUUUGGAACAUUAAAUCGUAAUAAAAUCGCUGUAUCGAAUCACAAUACAUAUAGAAUCGUGAGAAUCGCAAUACAUAUCGUAUCGGCACCUAAGUGUUGUGCGGACAGCCCAGUACAUCACUGGGGUUGAGCUCCCUGCCAUCCAGGACCUCUAUAUAAAGGAAGGCCCGGAAAAUUGUUAAAGGCUCCAUCCACCCAAGCCAUAGGCUGUUCUCUCUGCUUCUCCAUGGCAAGUGGUACCGGAGCAACAAGUCUGACACCAUGAGUCUCCUGAACAGCUUCUAUCCCCAAGCCAUAAGACUGCUAAAAAGCUAACAAAAUGGCUUCAUGGAUUGACCCUUUUUUUAAUUUAAUUUUUUAUCUUUGAAUUGACUAUGCACACUCAAAGGACUCUACACACUCACUCACAUAUAUUCACACUGACACUCCAACACACAUUUGCUCACACACACAUAACACGCACACAUUCUUACUGACUCUACGCACACACACUCUCAUACAGUGCAUUUGGAAAGUAUUCAGACCCCUUGACUUUUUCCAAAUGUUGUUGCGUUCCAGCCUUAUUCUAAAAUGGAUUCAAUUGUUUUUUUUCCUCAUCAAUCUACACACAAUACCUCAUAAUGACAGUGAAAACAGGUUUUCAGAAAUUUUUGCAAAUGUAUUAAAAAUAAAAAACAUAACUUAUUUACAUAAGUAUUCAGACCUUUUGCUAUGAGACUCUGAAAUUGAGCUCCGGUGCAUCCUGUUUCCAUUGAUCAUCCUUGAUGUUUCUACAACAUGAAUUGGAGUCCACCUGUGGUAAAUUCAAUUGAUUGGACAUUAUUUGGAAAGGCACACACCUGUCUAUAUAAGGUCCCACAGUUGACAGUGCAUGUCAGAGCGAAAACCAAGCCAUGAGGUCAAGGAAUUGUCCGUAGGGCUCCGAGACAGGAUUGAGUCGAGGCACAGAUCUGGGGAAGGAUACCAAAACAUUUCUGCAACAUUGAAGGUCCCCAAGAACACCGUGACCUCCAUCAUUCUUAAAUAGAAGAAGUUUGGAACCACCAAGACUCUUCCUAGAGCUGGCCGCCCUGCCAAACUGAGCAAUCGGGGGAGAAGGACCUUAGUCAGGGAGGUGACCAAGAACCCAAUGGUCACUCUGACAGAGCUCCAGAGCUCUGUGGAGAUGGGAGAACCAUCCAGAAGGACAACCAUCUCUUCUGCACUCCACCAAUCAGGCCUUUAUGGUAGAUUGGCCAGACUGAAGCCACUCCUCAGUAAAAGGCACAUGACAGCCCGCUUGGAGUUGCCAAAAGGCACCUAAAGGACUCUCAGACCAUGAGAAACCAGAUCCUCUGGUCUGAUGAAACCAAGAUUUAACUAUUUGGCCUGAAUGCCAAGCGUCACAUCUGGAGGAAACCUGGCACCAUCCCUAUGGUGAAGCAUGGUGGUGGCAGCAUCAUGCUGUGGGGAUGUUUUUCAGUGGCAGGGACUGGGAGACUAGUCAGGAUCAAGGGAAAGAUGAAUGGAGCAAAGUACAGAGAUCCUUGAUGAAAACCUGCUCCAGAGCGCUUAGGGCCUCAGACUGGGGCAAAGGUUCACCUUCCAACAGGACAGCGACCCUAAGCACACAGCCAAGACAACACAGGAGUGGCUUCGGGACAAGUCUCUGAAUGUCCUUGAGUGACCCAGCCAGAGCCUGGACUUGAACCCGAUUGAACAUCUCUGGAGAGACCUGAAAAUAUCUGUGCAGUGAUGCACCCCAUCCAACCUAACAGAGCUUGAAAGGAUCUGAAGAGAAGAAUGGGAGAAACUCCCCAAAUACAGGUGUGCCAAGCUUGUAGCAACAUACCCAAGAAGACUCGAGGCUGUAAUCACUGCCAAAGGUGCUUCAACAAAGUACUGAGCAAAGGGUCUGAAUACUUAUGUAAAUGUGAUAUUUUGCUUUGUCAUUUAUGGGGUAUUGUGUGUAGAUUGAGGGGGGGGGAAACAAUUUAAUCAGUUUUAGAAUAAGGCUGUAAUAUAACAAAAUGUGGAAAAAGUCAACGGUCUGAAUACUUUCUGAAUGCACUGUACAAUCAUCAAAUACGCUGCUGCUACUUUGUUUAUCAUAUAUCCUGAUGCCUAGUCACCUAUACAGCCUUACAAAGGCAAAACGCAGUAACUACGCCAACAGUGAAACUGAGAAAAAUUGCUUUAAUAUUUUUUUGCUAGCCAGACAAAUACAGUAUGUUGUAGGUAGAUAAGAGAUAAUGUACUGAUGUAUAGUGUUAUUAUAUAAAAACAUUUUUCGUGAUAUCCAAUUGGUAGUUACGAUCUUGUCUCAUCGCUGCAACUCCCCAACGGAUUCGGGAGAGGCGAAGGUCGAGAGCCAUGCGUCCCCCGAAACAUGACCCUGCCAAGCCGCACUGCUUCUUGACACACUGCACGCUUAACCCGGAAGCCAGCCACACCAAUUUGUCAGAGGAAACACCAUCCAACUGAUGACCGUAGUCAGCUUGCAGGCGCACGGCCCGCCACAAGGAGCCGCUAGAGCACGAUGAGCCAAGGAAAUCUCCCCCCGGCCAAACCCUCCCCUAACCCGGGCGACGCUGGGCCAAUUGUGCGCUGUGCCAUGGGGCUCCUGGUCACGGCCGGCCAUGACACAGCCUGGGAUCGAACCCUAGGCUGUAGUGGCGCCUCAGCACUGCGAUGCAGUGCCUUAUACCGGUGCGCCACUCGGGAGGCCCCGUAUAACGUUAUUAUUGAGUAAUUAUUUCAUGCAUAUCAACCAUGACCACUGAUUUGACCUAUGCCCCCCAAAAAUGCAGAUACUGCACUCUGCCUUUGUUUGACCUUAUACAUCUAUAUGCGUAUUGCAAAGUGCAGUAUCUAAAAGUGUUUAUCCAACUUUCUUGUUGUUUUUCUGUUUAAUGAAAGUUUGAGAGUUCUAGCUACAUUCCUACUGUAUUUAAUGGUUUUAUGUUUUCAUGUUUUUAAUGUUUUAUUGUAGUAACCCGCAAGUAUUUUUUUUGCCAUAAGGUAAGAACUAUUUCAUCAUGCAGAAUUCUUAUACUUGAAAAAAAUAUGUAACUUUGUGCAGUAUCUACAGUCUAAAUGUGUUUAUCCAAUUUUCCAGUUUUUCUGUUUUGACUUCGUAUGGUCAUUUAUUUCACUUGAGGGGGUCAUAGGUCAAAUCAGUGGUCAUGAUAUGCAUAAAUGUAUUCAGAAUAAUAUAAUACAUCAUAUUUGGCUGGACAGCAAAUAAACGUUAAAGCCAUUUUUCUCAGUUUCACUGUACAUAGUUACUGCUCUUUGCUUUUGUAUGGCAGAGCGGGUAACUGCAGUCAAAACUCGGUGGAACAAAGCCAUAAUGCAGUAACUACACUUACUGCUGUUUGCCUUGGUUUUUACUUGGAUUUUGUAGUUUUGUACUGUAUAUAGCUUACUUACUGUCACACCCUGGCUCUGGGACUCUAUAUGUUGAGCCAGGGUGUGUUCAUUCUAUGUGUUAGAUUUCUAUGUUGGUAGUUCUAGUUGUGUUUAUUUCUAUGUUGGCUAGAGUGACUCCCAAUCAGAGGCAACGAGUGUCAGCUGUCGUUGGUUGUCUCUGAUUGGGAGCCAUAUUUAAACUGUCUGUUUUCCCUUUGUGUUUGUGGGUUCUUGUUGGUCAUUGUUACCGUGGACUUCACGAGUCGUUUCUUGUUUUGUUUAUUGUUGUCUAUUAUCACUAAAGAUAAUAAAGUUUAAACAUGUUCGUUCAUCACGCUGCGCCUUGGUCUGUUCCCUACGACGAUCGUGACACUUACUUUCUCAUGUUCUUAUUUGUAUUUAUUUUGUGUUUGUUCUACUUUACUUUAUUUAAUUUUGUAGUACUACUGAUAUUGAUUACUGCAUCGUUGGGAAAGAGCUUGCAAGAAAGGCAUUUCACUGUACUUGUGCAUGUGACAAUAAAACUUGAAAUAAUAUCGUAUCAUGAGGUCCCUGGCAAUUCCCAGCCCUAUUCUUUAGACAUUCUACUGUAAUCUCUCUCUGUCCUUCCCAAUCACCCUCUCUUUCCUCUCCUCUCCUGGCGCUCCAGUUGUUCCUGAGGAAGUGAAGCCCAAGUUUGUGAAGGGAACGAAGCGCUACGGCCGGAGGUCCCAGCCGGACAGGCCCGACUCUGAGCUCACAGCUGAGUUGGAGGGCUCUCCUCCUUUCAGGACGGAGCAGGAGGAGCCCUCUCCCGCUGUCGUGAGGAGGGGAAAACUCAGACGCUCUACUUCUCUGGAGAGUGUGGAGGUAAGAGACGUGCUACUCCUCCCUCCCUCUCACCCUCUGCCUGCCUUGUUUAUACUGUGGCUGUGCACUCAUUUGAGAGUCGAUGAGAUUCUCACUUUUGAUUGCUGACUUUUGACUUCUCAAGCUUGGCACAGGGCCUAGUCUAGAUCUGACUGUUUGGAGAGAAUUUCCCAACUCAGUGCUUCACUUCCAUUUCCUUCAUAUGUGCCCCUUGAAUGGUGCAUUGUGCUGGUGCUGAGUGAGGUCUGGAUCAAAUAUCUCUAUGACCUGCAAUUUGUUGGCAACCACAUAUUUCUAUGUUUCCACAACAUACUUCUCUUCAGACCACUGUAUAUCUGAGUGAGAGAGUUGAAUCUCAGAGGUACUUGGGGUUUUGAGCAGACCACUCCACACUCAGGAAGUGGGAUUAUAUGGAAUGUGCUACUGGCAGCCCUCAUGGUCCCUGCUCCCGCCCCACACCAUCCAUCCCUCAGUGUUAGCUUUGGCGCGCUCUCUCUCUUGCACUCUCUCUCUCUCUCAUUGCUUUAUUGGCAUGAAAAGCAUUGCGUAAAUAUUGCCAAAGCAUCAAUGUAUAAAUUAUACAUUGUAAUAAAAAAACUCUCUACCAGUCAAGACCUCUACCUAAGGGAGGAGAGCUUUGGACCAUCUGAUUAUACUGUAUAUUGCAUCUCUCUGCAUUGUGUAAUAUUGUGAUUUUUGAUCUGCUGACUCAGAGACUGAUAAUAUUGGAAUGAGUGGAAUCCUCUGGUAUGCUGCUGGCUUGGUGCAUAUAUCAGGUACUUAAGGGAUCUGAUCUUCCAUGGCUUUGUCUUUCAUUGGUUUCAUUAGUCUCAUUGCAUUUUAUUACAAGUCAUGGUUGGGGGAUGCUGUGUGCUUAUCUCAAAACAUCAUGUCUAUUGAAGGCCCAUUGAUUUGGGCUCUAAAUUGUAUAACAGUAGAAGACAACUAGUGAAGGAAAUGUCAUUGUGGUGGCUGACAGGGGUAUCUGUCAGUGUUAAAAGUGUUAAAGACUGUGGGAAACUCUGCUGAGAGUGAAAAGUUUGGUGCACUUUGCAGUCAGCCACCGUGUGUGUGUGUGUGUGUGUGUGUGUGUUUUGAGACUGGAAUGAGUAGGUUAAUUUGAAGUAAGGGUUGCAUAAAUCGUCUGGAAGGAGAUUUUGAUUAUGAGACUAUUCAUUUCUCACAUUUAUCUGAGUUAUCAUACAUAAACUAGCCUACAUAAUAAUUGAAAAGCAAUGGUUGACCUCUGUCUGCCGCUGCCUGUGAACACAGUGCUCAUUUUAGAAACCCAUUCUGUUAUCCCAGAUUUUCUCUCUUUUUUCAGUUUGAAAUAUUUACAGCUUUUAUGUAACGCUGCGCUGACUCUCUGAUAGCUUGUGAGAUUAUGUCUUUCCAAAGCCUCUCUCUCGUCAGGCCAUAGUGCCAGAUAGAUCCCUGUGCCAUGUUUCUCAUUAAGCUCCAUCAAUAAUCUAUUUUUAAAUAGUUAAAAUUUCCGGCAGUUUAAGCCUUGGUGGAUUUCUUGCUACUGGAAGAUAGAGAGGGAACUACUGUAUGGCAUCCCUGUCGUAGUGUUGGUUACACAGGAUAGGUCACAGCAGUUCACUCAGGCAGAACAUAGUAACAGUCAACUCCUUGGUAACCGGAACAUACAGUUGUCUGGGUGAACUAUGUGACUGGAAUGGGGGAGGGUGGGAUUCAUGGGGCUGGGGAGUUGAUAGGUCGUUUACCACUUUUGGGCUGAAACACACAUUCUUUAUGGAAGUAUCGUGGUGGAAUGUUGCCGUCAGCUACCCCUUGUUAUGUAAAUAAUUGAACUGGUCCUGUUAAAUAUUUCACACACGCUUAUCCCUCUUCACAUCACUUCAUAUGACUUAUUUAGUUCAUACACAUCCUACAUUUAUAUCUACACAUCCUUCUACAGCGCAGCGUGCCGUCCGGGUUAAAUGCCUGAAGAACCUUUCUCAAGGACAUGUUAAUAUUAGUGUCCCAUUUAGCUGGCAUGCUUAAUUUAGCAUCAGUUUCCACUCACCUUUCUUUCACAAAUGCAAUUUGUUGAGAAUUCUGUACAUUCUCUCUGUUCAGAAAGAGAAUUCAUUUUGUCUGGUUACAGCUGGUAGUCAAGAAUCGUCAAACUAUUGUUGAGAUACAGACAUAAACAUUAUGAUUUCAUCAUCCAGCUGAAAUGAUUGGUUUUGAAUGUUUAUCCUUUAUGUUGAGAGGAUUAGUCAUGUCUUACCCUUCUCAGCUGACUACAUCACUGCCCACCAUUUUGUGUUGGUACAGUGUUUGUUUACAUUUCUUAAGCCUUGGGCCACUGUAGUAAGGAGCACAAUGGUGCUCUGUGACCCUGAAGUGGUGCUGAUGACAACAAUAAUAAACUCCCUGAGCUGCCAUGUGUUGGAGAGAACCAAAUGGAUUCGUUAGAGAGAGAAAAUGAGGGAGAGAGGGAGACAAUACUGAAACCAACACAUUGUUCCCAUUUGAAAAGUCUUUCAUGGAUGAGUUAAUGUUGUUCAAAAAUGUAAGAUGAUAAAAAUGUAUAGUCUCGUAAGUGGCCUGUUUCUGAUGUGGCGCUGCAGCUUGGGGCCAUGCCCAGAUUGAUUCCUUAUAAUGAAGCCAUGAAAUCAAUAGACCCGUCUUCCACAUGGGAUUGAUUAAAAUGAUACAUUUCAAAGAUUUUGAGGGGGAAAAUGUGACCUUGGAACCAAGAUAGUAGCAGCCAAUCCUUCCACAAAUAUAUUACCUGUUUUUAAGAUGUUGCCAGGAUUAAUUUGGUUAGAUAAUUAGGGAAGUUUGUAUUACAUCAACUGAAGUUAUGCAUUUAAUUCAACAAAGUGCUUUGGAACUUACCUCUACAGUACUCAAUAACUAACUUCCAUAACUAAUCCAUUACUAACUUCAGUUAAACUUGGUCUUUUCAGACAGGGUAUUAUGUAAGACCUAGACCAUAAUUAGUGAGUCUGCAGCACGUGUAUACACACACACACACACACACACACACACACACACACACAAGUUCCUCUGCGUGAGAGCCAACAGCCCCAUAUGCUGCUGGGGAGUCCAGUCUACUCUUAAGCCUGCUGGAAUCACAAUCUGCUGGUUGUUCUUGAUCAGUGUAGCAGAAGUAAUCUUGACGGGGUGGAAUUCCUUAUGAUCAGUUAAUUGUUCUCUCUCUCUGUUAUCAUUGCUUAUCGCUAAUAGGCUAGCACUCGCUUACAGAUUUCUCUCUUUCACACUUCGCAGGCACACUUCCAUACAUACAUACACACACACACACACACACACACACACACACACACUUCAUCUGCUAUACACACUCUCACAACACACCUAGUAGUAGGGUAAACUAGCUUUCACAGUGCAGUUCACACACAGACCUACACACACUACACACUGACUAAACAACAUAGCCAGAUUAUGAGACUGUAUGUGGACAGUCAUACGGGUCAGUAUUUAGGCAAAGUAGUUUUUUUUUCUUCAGUUGUGAACACUUGGUGACACUCAUCAAUGUCUUACUUCCAGAGUCUAAAGUCGGAUGAGGACACCGGAAGCCAUAAGGACGCCAUACAUCAAACUUUUGAGGCACAAGGUACUUAAAUAUUUGUAUUUAAAGGUAUUUAAAUAUUUGUAUUUAAAGGUAUUUAAAUAUUUGUAUUUAAAUUUACUUCAUUGUACAUUCAUUCUUCAAGUCAGUCGUUUUUCCUGGUUAGGUCAUGUGAUCAGGAAAAACUCCUGGCCCUAUUCAUACAGUCUACUGCUAUAUCCUCUGAGGGACUUCCAUCCUGACAUGUGUAUGUAUGUCUCAGGGCAGCAGAAGCGAUGGAAGCGGGACAGUUCAGAGUGCACGCUCCACUACCCUGGGCCGCGGGCCGAGGUGACAGACAGCCGGAUGAGGGCGGUGUGGGAGGAGCUGGGGGUCGGAGUAGGUGGCUUUCUGAACAGGCAGGAGCUGUCCCUGGUCUGUGAUCACCUUGGCCUGCAGGACCUGAAUCCAGAGGUAUGGCCAGCCCAUCAUUCCAGCCUGUGGCUGUGUUUUAAUUCCCUAAUUCCCGGAAGUGUGCACUUGCUCACUGAAGGGAGUUUUCACCAUAUUUCUUAUAUCAGUACGUACAUCCGUCCAUUCCUUUUGAAUCCAUGAGGUGCAGUAAGAGUGCACACCAGGGAGACGGGCAGGUAGUCAGACUGAAGUCAGUGGUUACAAGCCAAAGAUACUGUAUAUUGGGUGUGUUAUCCUAUGUAUGAAUUGUUUAAAUCCCUCUCUCAGUAUCUGUGUGAAUUUGACUUCAUGUUUUUAACCCCUGACUCUACGUGUUAUCACACAGGAGUUGGACGCCCUCUUCAGAAGGUUGGACACUGACCUGGAUGGGAGGGUCAGCCUCAGGGAGUUCCAGAAGGGUAUUUUCAGAAAGGGGGGUGUCCCAGCGCCCACAUCCUCCUCCACCCCCAUACACCCCAACCCCCAGCGCUCACUCCAGCAGGUGAGCAGACCGACCAGACAGACAUAGAACAACACCGUUUUUAGGGUAUGCGUACAUGUUUAACAGUAAUUGAUUUAUAUGGAAAUGUAUGCAAGUGGGUCUGGGUCAGUAGAGUAAAUGCAUUUAAUUAGGCCAGAACAAUGAUCCGUGGAUAAUACAAAUGACAAUACAUUGGCACGUGGGACCUCCAUCUGGCUCUAACUGAAGAGGAGUAUUUGAUAUUAUUUAUAUUUAUGCAAAAUAAACUGUCACUUUGCUUUAAAUGUGUGGCUGAUUGGUGUUUAAGGAGCCUAUUGAGAUAUUCUCUGUGGCUCAUAGUUUAGGAUUAAGAUAAAGACGUAAUAAAGUAUUUAAAAUACUGUAUGAUCUAAUGAUUUAUACAUUUUCCCUUCAGGAUCUGACAUACAAGGCAAACUUAUACACAGAAACUUUUACAGUAUAAUUAGUAGGCUAUCUGUCUCUCAGACCAUUUUCCUGCUGGUCAAUUAAGGAACUUUAGGCAGCUACCAAUCAAGUAAUUGACUGUAAUUGAGCUUAGUCUGCCCUUCCUACAUUCCUUUGCAGAAUGACCAUUUCCACACAAGGAGAAAGUCAAGGUCAGAAAUCAUGUAUUGCAUUUCAGGACUGAAAUCUGGCUGUGGUUUGUUAACAUGGGCUAUGAAAGACAACAUCCGUUCUUUCAAAGCUGGGCAUGUUGGUGCCUCUCAGGUAUUAGGAACCACUUGCACUUUGUUUGAUAGCUUCAUGAACCAGCACUGAGACACCAGUGUGUUUCUAAGGCUUGUUCAAUACCUAAAUACUACUGACACUCCUCCAUGUCCUAAACUGGUGGAUGUAGUGGUAGAUGUAUGUCAUGUGCAAAUAGGGAAUGGAAAGUAGGCUAAGUCAGAUUAAGUGUUACGACACCAAAAAGGCGUUUUAUUAGUGGCGCGUGAAAUAAAUGUAUUUGUGGCACUGAAGCUCUUUUGUCUGUGGGAGCCUGGAUUACACAAUGCACAGUGGAGGAUGUCAGGUUAUUCUUGGAGAGAGCUGCAUGACCGAAGGAGGUGUUCCUGCGACAAUGCCAUGCCUCUCAAGGACUUCUUUGUAUUUCUAUGGCAUUUGGGAACAGCAGUGAGGCUACACAGCACGUCUGUACUACACAGUGCCCACUGGUCUGUAGCAGUGUUCUGUGGAGGAGGAACUGAAUUGGGCCAUCCGCUAGCCUGUUCCUGUAGCUCUCAUGUCUUCCUCUGUUUUCUCCCAGGCCUUCGAGGAGCGGCUGGUGCGCUCCACCUCUCCCUCUCUCCUGUCUGCCACCGUGGGCCAGAGGCUGCUGACCAGGCUGGACGAAGGGUCGGGCUGCACCAGUCCAGAGAGGGUUAUCGCCCUCUGGACCGAGGAGGGCAUACGGAACAGCAGCGACAUCCUACAGGUUAGUCCCGGACUAAAUGUGAACCAAUGCACGUGUUCAUCCAACUACUGUUUUUAUUUGAAUGUCCUGUAGUCAUGGAUACAUAUGCUCAUUGCUUGUGCCAGUUAUUUUCAGAAGUAGCCUUGAAAUGUUGAUUACUCUGCCUUUACGGCUGCUUGACUUGAUAUGUUGCUGAAAAGCUUUGGUGUUAGGUGGUUUGUACAGGAUAAAGGCUGCAGGGUUUCUAGGGGCAUCUCCUUCCUGUGUGUGAAAUGUGUAAUAGGAGUAGAAUUGAGAUUGUGAGUUCCAGUUAGCUGUUUGGUUUAGAUUACAUGCUUAAGUGUAGAACCUAUAAUCUAUGUAACGUAGCCUACAAAAGCCCCUAGCUAGACACGCUCUGAUUUAUAUUAUGUGUUACUGAAAUAAUCAUUUUAUAAUCUGAAACAUUUUGAUUACAGUAGAGGGUAAACAUGAGGAUGGGCUGAACUUUGACCUGAAUUUAUAUUUACCAUACACCAGUUGUCAAAACACCUGGUCCAUGGAUGGAGGCUGCACUAAAACACCAAAUUGCACUCCAGGACCAGGGUUGGUGAUUAAGUUACCAGUGCCAUACUUUCAUAAAUUGACCCGUGCUGUUCGGUCCCCUCCAGACUCUGGACUUCCCCCUGGAGGAGCGGGUCAGUCUGGCGGAGCUCACCCUGGCCCUGGACAAUGAGCUGCUGGUCAGCGGCAACGGCAUCCACCAGGCAGCCCUCAUCUCCUACAAGAACGAGAUCCAGUUCCUCCAGUGAGUCUUUGGUUUGAUACUUUGGUACUGCAUGUUUCCAUUGGACUCUCGUAUAGAGGUCAUGGCCAAAGAGUCUCAAUAGAGAGCAAUAGUAAUGGUGUCUUUUUGUAGGCACUAACUCCGCCAUUGCUCGUUGGCCAAAGCAUAUGGGGAAAUUAAUGUUUUUUUUUUGUAGGGUUUUUGGAUAAAUUGUAAAAAUAAGGUCUGUGGUAAACACAGGCUUAGGAGAUCUUAUACGUUUUGUUCUGAGAUCACUUUUUGUGAAUUUCGAAGCAUUUAUGUAAUCAAAAUGAGCACAUAAAGGCUUUAUAAUUCAUAAAGGUCACAUUAACUGACUGAUAUCUCAUAGAACAGAACGUGUAAGAUCUUCUAAGCCUGUGUCAACCUCAGACCUUAUUUUCUGUAUUUAUCCCAAAACCCCAUUCUUUCCCCAUUCAUUUACCCCAUAGGAAUGGUAACUAAUUUCUGUUUUUUAGGACUACAAGCUGGCCAGCUCUAUUGCAUCCCCUGGGUUCAUUUCCUGUAUGAGCCAAUGACCCUUAAUUAAUUUACAUCAACAGUUUUUUGAUUUCAUGGUCAGGCAUUGCUUUAAGGGGAAUCAUUGGUUCAACUUCACUAAUGUUCAGGGAAACUGUAGCCUAUAGCUUGCAUAAUGGAUUUUGGUUGUAACUGAUUUUACUAUGUCUCCACCUAGAGACGAGAGGUGAUGAUGCUUUUAUAUUGUUGAUUGUAAAAAUCAUUGCUUUGUCAAUUUAAUGACCAACUUUGGAACCAAAAUACAGCAUUCUUUCAUUUAAGUAUUAAUUUGCCAGUAUUCAACUGCCGUGGUAAGCCUAUUUGGAUUCUAUAUGCGUAAUGUAGAUAUAAUAUAGAGAAUAUCUGCUGUUAAAGUUAGUCCUCCAUGAUGUACUGAGCUAUCGGGUAUUUCAGGUGAGUGUUGUGCUAAAGGUCCAUGCUGAGAUGUUUGUCCACUGUCUGUCCCUCAGGGUCCUAGCAGACCAGGCGUGUCGGGAGAGGGACAAGGUAAAGGCCGACCUGGAGUGGGCCGACAGGAGGAACCUCCAGCUGGUCAGAGAGGUGGAUGACAGGCACGCCACCAUUGAGUCACUGAAUGAAACCAAAAUCAAGUAAGACCUGUUCUUCCUUCUCGUUACAGAUUACAGACUGAUCUGGUGGUUGGAAAAUGUUGCUUGACUGGUUGUGAAUUGUCAUGAUCGGAGUCAUGAUCGGAGGAGGGGCCAUUUAGUUAAACUUCUCUCUGAUUGGCAGGGGUCUGGAGCAGGAGUUCCGGGAUAGGCUUACGGCCCUGCGUAGUGAAUCUGCGCAGGAGAGCGAUGUCCUGCUGCAGCAGGUGGAGCGUGAGCGGGCCAAGCUCAAAGAGGAAGUGGAGGUCCUACGGGCACAUGAUGCCAGUCUGCACGAGGAAGUCUGCAAUGCCACCCAGGUGCCUGGCACUAUAGAUCUACACCAUGAGGUUUUUACAAUGACAAAAGAGUGCUAAGAAGGCAGGCGAUUGCUUGACCACCCUUCCUACAAGAUUCCUUGAACGUAACCUCUAUUUGAUUGCAUUGCAUUAGGCUCCUCAAGCUUUUUAAUACACUUUUGUGUGAGUAUAAACUGGUUAAUGUUCUGCAAGGAAUUUCUAGACUAGACAACUCAAAGGAGAGGAUUAGAUUAGCCCAUGUGAUUUUUGUCUUGGCCUUCCUGUUUGCAACAUCCACCUUCAGACACAGACAUGCUCUAUUCAGACUCCAACUAGAACCACCCGCCCACGGACAACCAACCAAUGGCAGACUGUUGCUUAGCUUCUUAACAAUCCCCCAUCGUUAGUACCCCUAUUGUUCUCUAUUGUGGAGUGAUCAUACUGUGUUGCUGUGGAUAUCUUAAUGUGUUAUCGUAUCACUCUUAAGUAACCCUCCCUCUGGGCAAACAGGAGAAUAGCCGUUUGGAGGAGGAGGGCAGUGUUCUGAAGGGGAAGCUGUCAGAGGCAGAGAAAACCAUCUCUAAACUGCAGAGAGACCUGGACCAGCUCUUACUAGACAAGGUGAGAGGGAGCUAUGUGAGGAUCGGCGUGAUGAUGUCAUGCUGUGGUAACUCAUCCCUCAGGGAGUGAGCUAUGCAGUUUUGCCAAUGAAUGAUUGAUGAGGGUUUCCGUUUUGGUUGGCUGACACAGUUUGGGAGCCUGGAUCCGAACAACACGGGACUGCUUAACCAGGAGGAGCGCUUCUCUGAGAUCAUCAAGGAGUACGAGCUGCAGUGCCGGGUAAGCGAGAGGGGGAGCCAGAGAAAGUGUGUGUGUGUAUAUGUGUGCUCGCGUGUGUGUUUAAAGAAUAUUGCCUUGCGUGGAAGCCCCGAGGGGGCUUGACCUAGCCUGCGUACCAGUCUUUUUACCUAACAUUCUACUAAUUUGGCAAAUGACAGGAGUGGCAAGGAGUGGAUUGUAAACUAAAAAGACUGGUACCCAGACUAGGCUUGACCUGGUUUACCUUUCACAAUUUUCCAAAGCAUAGUAAUUGGUUAUACACUGCAUACAUAACAUUCAUGAUUCAUGGCAAACUGACUUUUCACCCACUUGCCUGUACAGAGUUGAGAUCUGUUUUGAGUGUAUCUUGACAAGCCUCUUGAUUUAUCCAAAUGCCUCCCAUUUUGGGAAACUAGAAAGUGAAGGUGAGCGUGUGUUAUUCUGGGUUCACAGAAUUAGUGUUGCUGUGUGGUUUGAUUUAGCAUGUGCGUGGCAGUUGGUGAGUACAUUGUGACUGGUGUUGCUCUAUCUCUAUAGUAAGUCUGCUGUGUUUUACUGGGUGUGUUAUUUAUGUUUGUCUGAAGUAUCACCACUCUGCUAAAUGACAAGUAUGUGUGAAACAGGAGCUGCGGGACCGGAAUGAUGAGUUGAACUCGGAGGUGGAUGUUUUAAAGAGUCAGGGGAUAGGGAGGAGAUCCAGACAGGAAAGGGACACGUCCACACACGCGUGGUCCAGCCGACGAUCACUGACUACUGAGUCAGACUCUGGUAAAUCCCCCUCAGCUAUAAACUGUGUUCACCCGAUUUGCCUCUAGAAUCUAUAUUUGUGCUCUGUUUAGAACAUAUUUAAAUAUUGUUUUUGUCGUUUUCAAUUUUUACUUUGAAAUGUAUACUGAACAAAAAUAUAAACGCAACAUGCAACAAUUUCAGUUACAGUUCAUAUAAGGAAAUCAGUCAAUUGAAAUAAAUAAAUUAGGCCCUAAUCUAUGGAUUUCACGACUGGGCAGGGGUGCAGCCAUGGGUGGUCUUUGGAGGGCAUAGGCCACCCACUUGGCAGCCAGGACCAGCCAAUCAUAAUGUGUUUUUCCCCACAAAAGGGCUUUAUUACAGACAUAAAUACCACCCCCCCCCACACACACUCCCCCUCAGACAAUCCCGCAGGUGAAGCAGCCGAAUGUGGAGGUCCUGGGCUGUUAUGGUUACUCCCUCAACUUGACACAACUUGUGUUGUGUGACACAACUGCAUAUUUUUAAAGUGGCCUUUUAUUGUCCUCAGCACAAGGUGCACCUAUGUAAUGAUCAUGCUGUUUAAUCAGCUUCUUGAUAUGCCACACCUGUCAGCUGGAUGGAUUAUCUUGGUAAAGGAGAAAUGCUCACUAACAGAGAUGUAAACACAUUUGUGCACAACAUUUGAGAGAAAUAAGCUUUGUGUGUAUGGAAAAUGUCUGGGAUUCUUUCUUUCAGCUCAUGAAACAUGGGACCAACACUUUACAUGUUGCGUUUAUAUUUUUGUUCAGUUUAUUUAUUUUGACAUACAGUAUAAUAAUGUAUACUAAAGUGUUACCUGAACAUUUAUAAAAUGUUGUUCUCUAAUAUGCACAUACCUUUCACACACAUCUUCUCAUUCCUCUACUCAGUCUCUCUCCAGUUACUCUGACAAGUCGCAUAACUACUCUUUACUGUAAUCUUGUCCAUUGUGCUUCAGAUGACCCUGAGAUGAAAAGAGGCAUAUCUCCCAUGGCGAGGAAAAAGCUACAAGUGGCCAAUAAGAAUGGUAAGAAUUGGAAAUGUCAAUCUUUUUUUUUUUUUCUUUCUCUAAAUGCGUGUUGGGUGUGACUCGCACACCUUGGUGUUUUUGUUUCUGUUCCCUCAGGCCUGGGUUCUCUGGAGAGUCUGCCAGGCCCUGUUGUGAGCAUUGAGACGGAGAUGGCCAUGGGACAGCUUAAGGAGAGGCACAGCCAGGAGGUGCAGGACUUGAAGAUUGAGUUGGAGACCAAGGUAGAGAGGAGGCAUUGUGAUACAUUGUGACACAUUGUUGGAUUGUUUUGAUUAUCGUCUCCUAUUUUUAUGUGAAAUUGUAGGUAAUUUGAGUGAAAUAAGAUGUAAAAAAUGAAGUUCAGUACAUGUGAGGUGCAUUUUUCUAAUUCUGGGAUAUCCCUGACCCCCUCCUCAUCAUUCUCACCCCACAGGUGAAUUUCUACGAGCGCAGCCUGGAGCUGAUGCGGCGGAACAUGGAGGUGGAGAGGAAGGACAUCUCUCAGGGCUUCAAGAUGGAGAUCAGUGAGCUGGAGGAGCAGAAGGCCCAGGUGGAGGAGCAGGUUAAGAGGCUCAGGGAGGAAGUGGAGAAGCUGCAGGCCCAGCUACAGCGCAGCUCCGGGGGCCUGGGAGGGCCAGGCUGGGGCACUGACCAGGAGAGACGGGCCCAGCGCGAACAGGCAGAGCUGGAGCAGAACUAUGCCCGGGAGAUCAGUAACCUGGUCCAGAGGCUGACCUCAGAGAAAGACCAGCUGGAGGCUGAGCUGAAGCUCAGAAUGGACCAGGAAGUGCUGCUUGUAAGGUGGGUGUGGCCAACCUAUCUUACUCCCCAGGUCUGUAUUUUGUAAUUCAACUCAAUUCAUUUCAAGUUCACAUUGUUGUAUAGGUUGGCGACCUGUUUCUCAUUCAACAUUUCUUGUGCCAACCGUAAUCCCUACAACUUCAUCCCUUUAACUCCGUAACACAUACGCUGGAUUUACAAAACAAUGGUGUGUGUGAACUGGGAAUGGUGUACAAUGUGAGUGUGUGUACAGUGUGUGUGUGUGUGUGUGUGUGUGUGUGUGUGUGUGCCUAAGUGAACAGUCUGUGCUAUGUAAUCAGGGAAGAAGCAGAGCAGCAGGUGUCUCAGAUGAAGACACAGCAAGACAAGGCCCAGUACAGCCUCAUGCACCAGCUACACUGUGAGUGGCUGCAGGAACUGGAGCAGGAGAGGCACAGGGAGAGGCUCCACAGCACAGAGAGGGCGAGUGAGGAGCAGGCCAGGAUCUGCAGCCGGGCCGCUGUGGAAAGGAAGAGGCUGGAGGAGGAGCACCAGGAGGAAGUCCAGCAGCUGAGGGAGCACAUAGCCAGUCUGCAGGAGCAGGCAGAUCUGGCCUCAGAGUCACAUAUACAGCACAGUCAGUUAGAGGCUGAACUGGAAGAGACUUGCGGACAGUGCAGUCAACUGGAGGCCAGGCUGGAGGUGGUUUGUGCCCAGCUGGAGGAAAGCACUGCAUCUCUGGAGUUUCAUGAGGCUUUGACCGAGCGCCUGACCUCUGAACAGCAUGCUGUAGAGGAGCUGGGGUUGGUGAGGAAUAGAGAGAGGGUGCUCCUCAGUGAGUUGUCUCAGCUAAGAGAGGAGCUGCAUAUUCUACGGUCUGAAUCUGAGACACUUCUUCAGGACAAAGAAAUGGUGGCAGAGAAUUGCAGCUGUCGGUCCAGCGCUUUCAUACAACCGCAAGUUCAGCUGAGGGCCAAAAAGGAAGACACGGAUACCCUGAGGGGGGAGUUGGAGAGGGCACAGGAGGCUCUGAGAAUCGAAGUUGAACGAUGCUCAAGGCAGACUGCUGAGCUGGACUCCCUAAAGACGGACCGAGUAAAACUGAUGGAGGAGCUGAGAAAACACAUGACAACCAUUGACCGUCUAAAGUCAGAUCUUGACUGUGUCACUGAGGAGUUAGACCAAUGGAAAAGAGCUAAGGAGAGUCUACAGGAUGCCUUGAGGCAGGAACGAACCAAGGUCACGCAGAUCCAAUCCACCCUGGACCUGGAGAGGGAAGAGACUGGCAGUCUGAGCCAGGAGAACGCCCACUACAUCCGCCUGGUAGACCAACUCUCCAACCAGAUCGUAGAAAUGGAAACUGAAUCAUCCAAACUCCGAGACCACAUCCAAGAACUGAAAGCCCAACUGAGCGAAACGUCCAACCUGGUUUCUAAUCUCAGGACCCAGCUAGAGGCCAAAUCCACAGAGGUAGACCACCUUGAGUCAGAUAUGAAGCAGACGGCAGGUCUGUUAGAGAUAGCGGAAGCCCUGUCUAAUAAGCACUCUAGGGAAGAGGAGCUGCUGAAUGCCCAGCUGGAGACCAAGGAGAGCGAGCUGUGCUCCCUCAGAGGAAAGGCUGGCAGCAGCAGCACUGUCCAACUCCAGCAGGCUCUGCUGUCCUCUCAGGCAGAGGUCCACAGGUUGGAGGAGGCCUUUGAGUGGGAGAAGGGCAGAAUGAAGGAGCAGCUGGUGGAGAUGGAGAAGCUGGUCAUGGCUCUGGAGAUGGUGAUGGACCCUGCCAGUCCACACAGGUUUGUGCAGGCAGGCCGGUUGCCAGAAAUCAAAUCAAACCAAUCUUCGAACGACUAACCUUCACCUGCCUGAUUGUAAUGUUUUCUGCCCCAAACAUGGAGGCUGAGAUUUGAAUGACUAAUUGCAACCGCCCAGCUCUCAUCUGAAAGAGAUCCUCACCUUUUCUCCUCAGAAACCUUCUGUCUGUAACCUUUUCUACACCUUAGCAGGCUGUGCUCCAACAUCAAACUUUUGAAAUUUGAAUGGUCUGGAAUGCAUUAACAAUUUACAGUGUCUCUAACGGAAUGGUUUUCAACCUAGAUGUGCAUGCUAGUAGAUUUCAUUUGUUUGAAAAAUAACAUUUGUAUCAUUGAAUGUUUGCCCGUCUAAUCCUGUGUCCAUUUUGCUUCAUCACAUAAGUGCAUUGAUUUCACCCAGAGUUUUAUCUGGAACUCAAAUGUUAGCUUGAAAUAGUAAAUGCUUCAAUGAAAUUAUUCCCCAGAAACAUAUUCUGUUGAAAUAUCUGCCAGAUUAAAAUGCAUUUGAGGAGAAACUCAUCAUAUCUCAACUAUUUCAACUCUAGGUCUCAGCUAGACAAGGUCAACUGUGAGAACAGUGCACUGAAGGACAGAUUGGCCAUGUUAGAGCAGGAUGUCCAGAGACUUGAGGUGGAGAUCAUCAUGAAGAAGUAAGUUGCUCCAUCAGUAAUGUUGCUGUGAGAAAAUGCUCAAUUCAGAUAGGGUUUACAAAUGUCUUAUUUAAGCUUUAUCCUGUCUACACAGCUAUUAACCAUUCCUUUCCAUCUUUGAUUCCAUCAGAAAGAAACUGUACGAAGUGGAGCGGGAACAUGAGAAGAACAGGGAGGAGCAGGAGAGACAUUGCAAAGAGGUUUGUUUAAAUGUUUUUUUCCAUUUUACCAUAAUAACCCUGCAUAGUUUAACUGACCCUUUUAGCCUUAUAGAUUUUCAUAGCCUACAUUUGAUCAAUGGACACAUGAACAUUCUCAAUGACCCAAGACCCAGUCUGAUGAGCCCUUCCUUGAUCCCCUCACUCUCAGAACGCCAAAUACCGCGAGGAGGUCCUGAACAUGAGCGCCCGCAACCUGCAGCUGAGCGACGAGAACGCUGAGUUGAGCUCCCGUCUCCGUGCCGACCAGGGGGCAGUCCAGAUGCUGACGGAGCGGCUGGCGCAGGUGUCCCGGGAGCAGGAGGAGGGGUUGGCCGCAGCCAGGCAGCUCCAGGAGACCUCCACCCAGCAGGAGAGGGAGAGGCUCCACCUGCAGGCAGCCUGGCAGCAUGACAAGGAGCUGCUGGAGAGAGAGCUCAACACCACCAAGGAAAAGGUAUAUACAGUGGGGGAAAAAAGUAUUUAGUCAGCCACCAAUUGUGCAUGUUCUCCCACUUAAAAAGAUGAGAGAGGCCUGUAAUUUUCAUCAUAGGUACACGUCAACUAUGACAGACAAAAUGAGGGAAAAAAAUGAGGGAAAAUUUUUUCUCCAGAAAAUCACAUUGUAGGAUUUUUUAUGAAUUUAUUUGCAAAUUAUGGUGGAAAAUAAGUAUUUGGUCAAUAACAAAAGUUUCUCAAUACUUUGUUAUAUACCCUUUAUUGGCAAUGACACAGGUCAAAUGUUUUCUGUAAGUCUUCACAAGGUUUUCACACACUGUUGCUGGUAUUUUGGCCCAUUCCUCCAUGCAGAUCUCCUCUAGAGUAGUGAUGUUUUGGGGCUGUCGCUGGGGAACACGGACUUUCAACUCCCUCCAAAGAUUUUCUAUGGGGUUGAGAUCUGGAGACUGGCUAGGCCACUCCAGGACCUUGAAAUGCUUCUUACGAAGCCACUCCUUCGUUGCCCGGGCGGUGUGUUUGGGAUCAUUGUCAUGCUGAAAGACCCAGCCACGUUUCAUCUUCAAUGCCCUUGCUGAUGGAAGGAGGUUUUCACUCUAAAUCUCACAUGGCCCCAUUCUUUCCAUUACACGGAUCAGUCGUCCUGGUCCCUUUGCAGAAAAACAGCCCCAAAGCAUGAUGUUUCCACCCCCAUGCUUCACAGUAGGUAUGGUGUUCUUUGGAUGCAACUCAGCAUUCUUUGUCCUCCAAACACGACGAGUUGAGUUUUUACCAAAAGGUUCUAUUUUGGUUUAAUCUGACCAUAUGACAUUCUCUCAAUCCUCUUCUGGAUCAUCCAAAUGUACUCUAGCAAACUUCAGACGGGCCUGAACAUGUACUGGCUUAAGCAGGGGGACACGUCUGGCACUGCAGGAUUUGAGUCCCUGGCGGCGUAGUGUGUUACUAAUGGUAGGCUUUGUUACUUUGGUCCCAGCUCUCUGCAGGUCAUUCACUAGGUCCCCCCGUGUGGUUCUGGGAUUUUUGCUCACCGUUCUUGUGAUCAUUUUGACCCCACGGGGUGAGAUCUUGCAUGGAUCCCCAGAUCGAGGGAGAUUAUCAGUGGUCUUGUAUGUCUUCCAUUUCCUAAUAAUUGCUCCCACAGUUGAUUUCUUCAAACCAAGCUGCUUACCUAUUGCAGAUUCAGUCUUCCCAGCCUGGUGCAGGUCUACAAUUUUGUUUCUGGUGUCCUUUGACAGCUCUUUGGUCUUGGCCAUAGUGGAGUUUGGAGUGUGACUGUUUGAGGUUGUGGACAGGUGUAUUUUAUACUGAUAACAAGUUCAAACAGGUGCCAUUAAUACAGGUAACGAGUGGAGGACAGAGGAGCCUCUUAAAGAAGAAGUUACAGGUCUGUGAGAGCCAGAAAUCUUGCUUGUUUGUAUUUGACCAAAUACUUAUUAUCCACCAUAAUUUGCAAAUAAAUUCAUUAAAAAUCCUACAAUGUGAUUUGCUGGGAAAAAAAAUCCCAAUUUGUCUGUCAUAGUUGACGUGUACCUAUGAUGAAAAUUACAGGCCUCUCUCAUCUUUUUAAGUGGGAGAACAUGCACAAUUGGUGGCUGACUAAAUACUUUUUUCCCCCACUGUAAGGGGACCUUUGGGACAGUUGUGGUAUUAGAGUUCCCCUAGAUCAGGGAUGGGCCUGCGACACCCCCCCCCCCCCUCUGUAGGCCCGCGGACAAAAUAAAAUAAAAAUACAAUUUUUAAAAAAUGACGAUAAUAGAAAUGUACAAAAUGAUAUAUAAUGUACCAGUCAAAGUUUGGACACACCUACUCAUUCCAGGGUUUUUCUUUAUUUGUACUAUUUUCUACAUUGUAGAAUAAUAGUGAAGACAUCAAAUAUAUGAAAUAACACAUAUGGAAUCAUGUAGUAACCAAAAAAGUGUUAAACAAAUCCAAAUAUGUUUUAGAUUUUAGAUUCUUCAAAGUAGCCACCCUUUGUUUUGAUGACAGAUUUGUGCACUCUUGGCAUUCUCUCAACCAGCUUCAUGAGGUAGUCAUCUGGAAUGCAUUUCAAUUAAUAGGUGUGCCUUGUUAAAAGUUAAUUUGUGGAAUUUCUUUCCUUCUUAAUGCGUGAGGGAAAAAAGUUUGAUCCCCUGCUGAUUUUGUACGUUUUCCCACUGACAAAGACAUGAUCAGUCUAUAAUUUUAAUGGUAGGUUUAUUUGAACAGUGAGAGACAGAAUAACAACAAAAAAAUCCAGAAAAACGCAUGUCAAAAAUGUUAUGAAUUGAUUUGCAUUUUAAUGAGGGAAAUAACUAUUUGACCCCUCUGCAAAACAUGACUUAGUACUUGGUGGCAAAACCCUUGUUGGCAAUCAGAGGUCAGACGUUUCUUGUAGUUGGCCACCAGGUUUGCACACAUCUCAGGAGGGAUUUUGUCCCACUCCUCUUUGCAGAUCUUCUCCAAGGCAUUAAGGUUUCGAGGCUGACGUUUGGCAACUUGAACCUUCAGCUCCCUCCACAGAUUUUCUAUGGGAUUAAGGUCUGGAGACUGGCUAGGCCACUCCAGGACCUUAAUGUGCUUCUUCUUGAGCCACUCCUUUGUUGCCUUGGCCGUGUGUUUUGGGUCAUUGUCAUGCUGGAAUACCCAUCCAUGACCCAUUUUCAAUGCCCUGGCUGAGGGAAGGAGGUUCUCACCCAAGAUUUGACGGUACAUGGCCCCGUCCAUCGUCCCUUUGAUGCAGUGAAGUUGUCCUGUCCCCUUAGCAGAAAAACACACCCUUAGCAUGUUUCCACCUCCAUGUUUGACGGUGGGGAUGGUGUUCUUGGGGUCAUAGGCAGCAUUCUUCCUCCUCCAAACACAGCAAGUUGAGUUGAUGCCAAAGAGCUCGAUUUUGGUCUCAUCUGACCACAACACUUUCACCCAAUUCUCCUCUGAAUCAUUCAGAUGUUCAUUGGCAAACUUCAGACGGCCCUGUACAUGUGCUUUCUUGAGCAGGGGGACCUUGCGGGCGCUGCAGGAUUUCAGUCCUUCACGGCAUAGUGUGUUUCCAAUUGUUUUCUUGGUGACUAUGGUCCCAGCUGCCUUGAGAUCAUUGACAAGAUCCUCCUGUGUAGUUCUGGACUGUUUCCUCACCGUUAUCAUGAUCAUUGCAACUCCACGAGGUGAGAUCUUGCAUGGAGCCCCAGGCAGAGGGAGAUUGACAGUUAUUUUGUGUUUCUUCCAUUUGCAAAUAAUCGCACCAACUGUUGUCACCUUCUCACCAAGCUGCUUGGCGAUGGUCUUGUAGCCCAUUCCAGCCUUGUGUAGGUCUAGAAUCUUGUCCCUGACAUCCUUGGUGAGCUAUUUGGUCUUGGCCAUGGUGGAGAGUUUGGAAUCUGAUUGAUUGAUUGCUUCUGUGGACAGGUGUCUUUUAUACAGGUAACAAGUUGAGAUUAGGAGCACUCCCUUUAAGAGUGUGCUCCUAAUCUCAGCUCGUUACCUGUAUAAAAGACACCUGGGAGCCAUAAAUCUUUCUGAUUGAGAGGGGGUCAAAUACUUAUUUCCCUCAUUAAAAUGCCAAUCAAUUUAUAACAUUUUUGACAUGUGUUUUUCUGGAUUUUUUUGUUGUUAUUCUGUCUCUCACUGUUCAAAUAAACCUAGCAUUAAAAUUAUAGACUGAUCAUUUCUUUGUCAGUGGGCAAACGUACAAAAUCAGCAGGGGAUCAAAUACUUUUUUCCCUCACUGUACGUACAUACAUACAUACAUACAUACAUACAUACAGUUGAAGUCGGAGGUUUACAUACACUUAGGUUGGAGUCAUUAAAAGUCAUUUUUCAACCACUCCACAAAUGUCUUGUUAACAAACUAUAGUUUUGGCAAGUCGGUUAGGACAUCUACUUUGUGCAUGACGCAAGUCAUUUUUCCAAGAAUUCUUUACAGACAGAUUAUUUCACUUAUAAUUCACUGUAUCACAAUUCCAGUGGGUCAGAAAUUUACAUACACUAAAUUGACUGUGCCUUUAAACAGCUUGGAAAAUUCCAGAAAAUGAUGUCAUGGGUUUAGAAGCUUCUGAUAGGCUAAUUGACAUAAUUUGAGUCAAUUGGAGGUGUACCUGUGGAUGUAUUUCAAGGCCUACCUUCAAACUCAGUGCCUCUUUGCUUGACAUCAUGGGAAAAUCAAAAGAAAUCAGCCAAUACCUCAGAAAAAUAAAUGGUAGACCUCCACAAGUCUGGUUCAUCAUUGGGAGCAAUUUCCAAACACCUGAAGGUACCACGUUCAUCUGUACAAACAAUAGUACGCAAGUAUAAACACCAUGGGACCACACAGCCGUCAUACCGCUCAGGAAGGAGACACGUUCUGUCUCCUAGAGAUGAAGGUACUUUGGUGUGAAAAGUACAAAUCAAUCCCAGAACAAAAUCAAAGGACCUUGUGGAGAUGCUGGAGGAAACAGGUACAAAAGGAUCUAUAUCCACAGUAAAAUGAGUCCUAUAUCGACAUAACCUGAAAGGCCGCUCAGCAAGGAAGAAGCCACUGCUCCAAAACCGCCAUAAAAAAGCCAGACUACGGUUUGCAACUGCACAUGGGGACAAAGAUUGUACUUUUUGGAAAAUUUCCUCUGGUCUGAUGAAACACAAAUAGAGCUGUUUGGCCAUAAUGACCAUUGUUAUGUUUGGAGGAAAAAGGGGGAUGCUUGCAAGCCGAAGAACACCAUCCCAACCGUGAAGCACGGGGGUGGCAGCAUCAUGCUGUGGGGGUGCUUUGCUGCAGGAGGGACUGGUGCGCUUCACAAAGUAGAUGGCAUCAUGAGGAAGAAAAAUGAUGUGGAUAUAUUGAAGCAACAUCUCAAGACAUCAGUCAGGAAGUUAAAGCUUGGUCGCAAAUGGGUCUUCCAAAUGGACAAUGACCUCAAGCAUACUUCUAAAGUUGUGGCAAAAUGGCUUAAGGACAACAAAGUCAAUGUAUUGGAGUGGCCAUCACAAAGCCCUGACCUCAAUCCUAUAGAAAAUUUGCGGGCAGAACUGAAAAGGUGUGUGCGAGCAAGGAGGCCUACAAACCUGACUCAGUUACACCAGCUCUGUCAGGAGGAAUGGGCCAAAAUUCACCCAACUUAUUGUGGGAAGCUUGUGGAAGGCUACCCGAAACGUUUGACCCAAGUUAAACAAUUUUAAAGGCAAUGCUACCAAAUACUAAUUGAGUGUAUGUAAACUUCUGACCCACUGGGAAUGUGAUGAAAGAAAUAAAAACUGAAAUAAAUAAUUCUCUCUACUAUUAUUCUGACAUUUCACAUUCUUAAAAUAAAGUGGUGAUCCUAACUGACCUAAGAGAGGGAAUGUUUACUAGGAUUAAAUGUCAGCAACUGUGAAAAACUGAGUUUAAAUGUAUUUGGCUAAGGUGUAUGUAAACUUCCGACUUCAACUGUACAUACAUACAUACAGUGCAUUCGGAAAGUAUUCAGAUCCCUUGACCUUUUCCGCAUUUUGUUAUGUUACAACCUUAUUCUAAAAUUGAUUAAAAUGUUUUUUUUCCCCUUAUCAAUCUACACACAAUACCCCAUAAUGACAAAGAGAAAACAGGUUUAUAGAAAUGUUAGCAAAUGUAUUAAAAAUACAAAACAGAUACCUUAUUUACGUAAGUAUUCAGACCCUUUGCUAUGAUACUCGAAAUUGAGCUCAGGUGCAUCCUGUUUCCAUUGAUCAUCCUUGAGAUGUUUCUACAACUUGAUUGGAGUCCACCUGGGGUAAAUUCAAUUGAUUGGAUUUGGAAAGGCACACACCUGUUUAUAUAAGGUCCCACAGUUGACAGUGCAUGUCAGAGCAAAAACCAAGCCAUGAGGUCAAAGGAAUUGUCCGUAGAGAUCAGAGACAGGAUUGUGUCAAGGCACAGAUCUGGGGAAGGGUACCAAAACAUUCUGCAGCAUUGAAGGUCCCCAAGAACACAGUGGCCACCAUCAUUCUUAUGGAAGAAGUUUUGAACCACCAAGACUUUUCCUAGAGCUGGCCGCUCUGCCAAACUGAGCAAUCGGGGUAGAAGGGCCUUGGUCAGGGAGGUGACCAAGAACCCGAUGGUCACUGACAGCACUCCAAAGUUGUCCAGAAGGACAACCAUCUCUGCAGCACUCCACCAAUCAGGCCUUUAGGAGGUGGGAGCAUCAUGCUGUGGGGAUGUUUUUUUAGCAACAGGGACUGGGAGACUAGUCAGGAUCGAGGGAAUGAUGAACGGAGCAAAGGACAGAGAGUUCCUUGAUGAAAACCUGCUCCAGAGCGCUCCGGACCUCAGACUGGGGCGAUGGUUCACCUUCCAACAGGACAACAACCCUAAGCACACAGCCAAGACAAUGCAGGAGUGGCUUCAGGACAAGUCUCUGAAUCCUUGAGUGGCCCAGCCAGAGCCCGGACUUGAACCCGAUCGAACAUCUCUGGAGAGACCUGAAAAUAUCUGUGUAGCGAUGCUCCCCAUCCAACCUGACAGAGCUCGAGAGGAUCUGCAGAGAAGAAUGGGAGAAACUUCCCAAAUACAGGUGUGUCAAGCUUGUAGCGUCAUACCCAAGAAGACUCAAGGCAGUAAUCGCUGCCGACGGUGCUUCAACUCAGUUAUCAUAUUAAAAACUGCAAACAUUUGCCUCCACCCGUUUGAGUUCCCCCAUCAAAGUUACCCAUCCCUGAUCUCGAUACUAAGUUUGGUCUAAAUUGUAGAGAAUGUAAGAAUUUAUUGUUCAGCAUUUUUUAUUAAUCUUCUAACUUAUUAACUUAUUAAUGUACCUUGGUUCUUGAAUGUCUUGUUUGUUCUUAGCUCCAGCGUUUGACAGAGGUGGAGUCCUCGCUGACCAGCCUGACCCUGAAACACCAGUGGCUGGAGCAGGAUAAGGAGAGGCUGCUGAGGGAGGUGGAGGGGAGGACCCAUAUAGUGAGAGAAGGAUCUACUUGGCUAUAGCAUCUUUGUUGGGGGGGGAAUUGUCAUCUUCCAGGUACUAAAUGCUAGGUUUCCUCUGACCUAUGUAUGAAUUAUGUUUGUUUACAGGUUGAGAAGCUCCAGGAUUCUCUUCGCUCCAUGGACUCCCAGACAGAGCUGCUUCGUUCCAAGCUCCAGGCUGUGGGUCAGGAGAAGACUGGCCAGGCCCAGGAAGUUGCCAACCACCAGAGGAUGCUGCAGGAUGCCCAGGACAAGGUGGGUGACAUACUGACGAUGAAAACAUUGGAAAUGUCUGCUCACUUUUUGCUGCUCCUGAAUUUGCUCUUUAAUAUAGAGUAUUGAUACAACAGUGCUUUGACUGACUUCAUUGUUGUGUGCUGAUCAUCAGGUAAAGGAGCUGGAGGCCAGCAUGGGCAGGCUGAGUAGGGAUAAGGAGCAGCUGUGUCUGGCCCAGAAACAUCAUGAGGAGGAGGCCACCAUGGCCCUACAGGAGGAGUGCCAGAGCCUGCGCCUCCAAAACCAGGAGCUGCUCCACAAGGUAGGACUAUGUCACCUGCUCCUAAAGAUAUUGUUCUUCCUUGCUCAACAACAUAUAACACUGAGGCAGUUGAUGUGAUGGGCAAUAAGUUAACAUAGUAGAACAGAUAGGAGACAGAUGUCUCACCCGAUGUAUAAAUCUGAAGCAUCCGUUUAGCACUUCUUCUCACCACCAAAUAUGGUGAUUGAGAGGAAGUCCAGUGGGAGAACAUGGAGCUAGAUGAAACUUAGGCCAACAUUCUGCAAAUCUCAUUGAUGAAACAUUCGAUCUCAAUACAUUUCUGCUCCCAAAACUAGAAUCUGUUAAUAAGAGUGCACCAAGUUUUGUAGACUUUACCAUUUCUAAAAGUAAAACAAAUGACAUUGUUUAGAAGGAAUGCAAGGGCGAAUUGAGUUAUUGCACACGCGCACUUCAGAGUAGGCUUUCCCUAAUGUAAAUAUGCAAAUGCAUGCUAGAACGCACCAAUAAGAUCUUGCUAGCUCAUGCUUGGCUUUCCACCUCCUUGCUUCUUCCGCCCACUAUGCUUCAUUUUCUCCCAAUUGGAAACAACACCGGUGGUGUAUCUUGGGAUAGUUACCAGCAAUGUUCCCUCGAAGCUGCGCGCGGCCACGCACCUCCUCCAGGACUGCCGCGCAGAAGAAUUGCCAGGCCGCACAGAGACGCAAGAUCAUGAACUUCACUGAGAUCGCCCCAUUAAUUUUCACUAUAUAGAUCAUUUUUUUCUGUGAUCAAAUCAACACUAUAUAAGCCCCUUUUCAAUGCAACAAACCGAAACAAAUUAGUCUGAUUUUGUUGUAGGCAGAGCCAGAGCGCAACAGAGUAGAAUUCUAUUGUUGGGGGUAGCCCACAAGCUGUCUUUCAAUCCCCCGCGAGUGAAUGUGCUUUUCAGAUCAGUUCAGAGCCGCGCGUGUGCACAUUUGUUGAUAUUCUUUGCUAGUUAGUGAGUUAUUAGCCCAGUUAUAGAUGCGUAUAGGUCAGCAUUGGGGAGUUACUGCUUCCUACAAGAGCACAAAAUGUGUAGGCUACAUUUCAAGCUGUCUUUGAAAAGCCAGUCAGGUAAAAAGCUUUUGUCUUUAUGAAAAGGGGCAAUAAGCCAAUAUGUAGGCUAGCCCUCUGCAUGUCUAAUUCUCCGUAUUCUCUGUUUCUAGCAUCAUACAAUGCAAUUUACAGUCACCUAUGUGGCCCAUGGCGUUAAAGACCAAGAAUAAAAUCAUUAAUUAAUGUCAAGCUUUUUUUAAAGUCUCAUGCAAUGUAGGCCUGCAUGGAACACCACAUAUAGGCUACUGUAGGCUAUAUCAUAUAAAUCAAAAGCUAUUUCUUUGUGAAAAUGUUAUGGGAUUUGCUCCAUUUUGUUUUGUUGGUAGGCCUACAUUAUGCCUAUUGGCUACUGUCGAAAACUUUAGGGGUACAGCCUCAGUGUUCACUAUAAAUGUGCGCCGGAAGUUGCACAACAUUCUCACCACGUUCAAGUUUCCGUUGACAAGACCUCAAAUUUGCUCAGUGCCCCCAAACAUUUGAGGGAACAUUGGUUACCAGUGUCUUUGAUAGUCUUUCUGAAAUGUAGGUUGAAGUUCACGGUUGUUGUGCUUUGUUUCCUUCAGGUGUGUCAGCUGCAGGGCCAGGACGUGGAGGUACAGAGUCUGACCCAGGAGUGCCUGACUCUGAAGAGCAAACAGGCACAACUGGAGACUGCUUGGGCGGAGGCACAGGACCAGGUGAUAAGCCACACAUUUUGGUCAAAUCAUUGAUCAAUUACAUUUGCUGAGGCACCAAAUCUCUAAAUUGAAAGCAGGUUUGCCAAUUUAAACUCAAAUUUAGCAACUAACACCAUGGUCUAAGUUUGCACUAAUCCUCCCUCUCAGGCUUGUGAAAGUUUAGGCUAAUUCCUUUCAUGGAAAUUCCAAACUCCAUUCCUAUGUCCUAUUGAGUCUAUCAGCAUGUUUGAGGGGAUCAGUUUGAGCAAGAAUAGUUUGGGAUGCAAGUCUGACUACAAUGUAGUCGAUGCUCAAACACACUGUUUAUUUGAUGCAGGCACUGAGGGCAGACACAUCCUUGACCCUGGCCCAGGCCCAGCAUGCCCAGCAGCUGCAGCGGUUGAGGGAGCAGGCAGAACUGGGGUCUAGGGAGCAGCUGACACACCUCCAGGCCCAGCUGGCAGAGGAGCGGCACAGGGGGCAGCAGCUGGAGCAGACCCUCCGCAUACAGGCCCAGCAGGCCAGCACCCAGAUGGGCCUGCAGCAGGUACUUUACUGCACCACAGGAAAUGUGUAUGAUGUUGACAUGGUCUAAAUGCUCUCUCUCUCUCUCUGUUGGUGCUCAGGAGCAAUAUGAGAAGGUGAUGGGGGACAUGCAGGAGAGGAUGGAGGAGGUGGAAACCAAGCUGAGGAGUGUGCACAUGGUGCUGCAGGAGAAAGUGAACCAGCUGAAGGAGCAGGUCAGUUUACCGUUCAUAUGAGACACAGCAGAGUCAGAGAAACAUGUCCUGAAAAUCGGACUAAUUAAUUGUGUCCCUUUCCCUCCCACAGCUGGCGAAGAAUGCCAAGUCGGACAUCAUGCUAAAGGACCUGUAUGUGGAGAACUCCCAGCUGAUGAAGGCACUGCAGGUCACUGAGCAGCGGCAGAAGAGUGCUGAGAAAAAUAACUUCAUAUUAGAGGAGAAGAUUACAGCCCUCAACAAGCUCCUUCGUAAAAUCACCCCUGCCUCCCUCUCUGCGUAG